GCCAUGCCAGGGCGUGAUCUCUGCCUGCUCUUCCCUCCUCGUGGGCUGCUUUUGAUGAGCCAGAAGAGAGGACUGAAUUGCCUGCACGCUCCUGGGCAGCGAUGCCAGGGCGAAGAGUGGAGCUACAGUUUUUGCUGUUGAGCGGAGAAUGGGGAAAACACUUGCCUCAGUGCUCUCCUCUGCUCAGCGCUUGCAUGCUCCGCUGAGCUGCUGCAAGGUGCCACUUUCUGCUGCUUUUCUCCCCUUUGUUUUCUUUGGCAGCUCCCGAAGUGCUGUAUCAAAACAGCUUCAGGGAGCAGCGCUGGCACAGCCGCCUACCUCCAUACUGGUGCUGGUUUAAGGGCAGCGAGAAGAAACCUGGACUGAAGUCGGAUUGAGUUUGUUUAGCCUCCCACGAAAGCCGCUGAGCAAGGGGACGGGAACAAUUUCAGAGAGGUCUCUUUGGAACCGACGCCAGUGGCUGGCUUGAAAGAAAAUGAAAAAGGAGUGUGUUUCGAGAUCUUUGAAACUCAAACAAAAACCAGGCUCCCUCUCGCGUGCUGUCAGCUGGAUCAAUUUCUCGUCCUUGUCAAGGCAGACAAAGAGGUUGUUCCGCAGCGAUGGGGAACUCUCCUCCAUGUGCGUGCAGCAGGUAGACGAGGAUGACGAGAACUGGACCUACCGGAGGCAGCAGAGAAAAGCUGUUUCCAACCUAGAUGAAGAGAGUAGAUGGACUGUGCACUACACUGCUCCAUGGCACCAGCAGGAGAAUGUUUUCCUACCCUCCUCAAGACCUCCUUGUGUGGAGGACCUGCACAGACAAGCCAAGCUGAACCUCAAGUCAGUGCUGAGAGAGUGUGACAAGCUGCGGAGGGAUGGCUACCGGAGCUCACAGUAUUACUCUCAGGGCCCCACCUUCUCUUCAUCCUCCAGUGCAAUCUGUGGAAGUUACCAGGAUGAUUAUGAAGAAAUUGAACAAAAGUGUCCUGUCUCUCCCCCUGAAGAAGAAAAGCUUAUUACCAUCAAAAGGCCUAAAAGUCCAGCUACAAAUGAGUUGUCAGAUAUCAACACCCAAACCAACUGGACUAAGUCUCUCCCACUGCCAACGCCAGAAGAGAAAAUGCGACAACAAGCACAAGCCGUCCAAACAGAUGUGGUUCCUAUUAAUGUGACUGGGGAGAAUUUCGACCGCCAAGCCAGCAUUCGGCGGUCUCUAAUUUACACAGACACGGUGGUAAGACGGCCGAAGAAAGUCAAAAGGAGAAAGACUAUUACAGGAAUCCCUGACAACUUACAAAAGGAGCUAGCAGUUGGUACUGGCCAAGGUGAUUUCCGAGGGCAUUCAAUGUAUGUCCCAGAUCACUGUUCCACGCUAGGGAGACUAGACAGCUACCGCUCUGCCAUGCAGCGCUCUGAAACCAAGGACACCAGCUGCCAGACGGAGGAAGUUAAAGUUGUGCCCCCUUCAAUGAGAAGAAUACGGGCACAGAAGGGACAAGGCAUUGCAGCCCAGAUGUCUCAGUUCUCCAGCUCAUCUGGAAACAUGUCAGUGAUGAGUGAUUCUGCUGCAGUUAUAUUUGCUUCUCGCCAAAAUAACGACAUAGGUUUUCACAGCUUGCCUCGGGUUGGUGCGAGAGUGUCUCUGCAGUCCCUAGAUCAGACACAGAGCAUGAUGUCGAGGCAGACAGAAGACAUUGCUGGCACUUUACCCCAUCAGAUAAGUAAAUUGCAAGUGGAUGAUAGUGUUGUGCAUCUGAGGAAUAAUCCCACGAUGGGGACCCUGUCGAGGCCUAAGUCCCAAGAGGUGAGAAGCUGUGAUAGCGAGAAGUCCUCAAGCCCAGCAUGUGUGGUCUCUCCUCACGCCACUUACUCAACGAGCAUCAUACCCAAUGCAACACUGUCAUCCUCCUCGGAAGUUAUCCUUAUUCACGCUGCCCAGAGUGUUGGGUCAUUGGAUAGUAAAAUUUCCAGCUCCACUGCCUUUCCAAAUCCAAGAGACAAUCCUGCUACCAGCAGUGCAAUAAGUGGGAAAGAAGAUCACCACUCUUCAAGUGGUAACUGGAGUGAGAGUAGCUCCACGCGUCACUCACAGACUUCAGAUACUAUCCCGUCUAACACUGUCAUGAUGCUUUCUCUUGGUGACUCUGCCGUCUCUCUGAGCACUCCUGGGAAUGCAGAGGCUGGGUCUCAGAGCAUGAGCUACAGCUGUCGGAGCACUGCUGCUUUAGCAAGCCCUUCCCAGGACAGCGAUGGUCGGAGCGAAUCCAGCUAUUCUGGGGAGCGAGCGCAGGCAGCAGUGAGCAGUGCGGAGCAUUGGUUGUACAAGUCUUCAGAAAACAGCGAGACCCCUUCACACAAGGUGGUUUGUACCACACCAGGCUGUGCCACGCCCGGCAGCAACCUCAGCAGCAGCAGCCUGGAGAGGACAUCGGUCAGGGACGAUUCUACCUCCCUGUAUUCUGUGGACCACGAUGGCUAUUUCGGCUCCAUGCAUAUGGACUCUGGACUGAAGUCAGACAUGCCAUGCAGCAGUACUAAUGGUUUUGAGAACCCUAGAGACAGUGUGGUAAAUGUCUUUGAAGGAAAGGAGAAGAAACAUCCGGAUGACCCCUCAGGCCAAGGUGACAAAUCUCUUGCAAGAAACAUCUCACUAAAAAAGGCAAAGAAGCCGCCUUUACCGCCAUCCAGAACAGACUCACUCAGAAGGAUGCCUAAGAAAAAAGCCCAAUCCAAUGGACAGGUACUUGAUGAAACCCUCAUUGCCACCCUCCAGCAUUCUCUGCAGCUGAAUCUCAAGUGCAAAAAUGGCAGCUCCCCUUCCCAGAGCCCCUGCAGUGAUUAUGAGGAUCCCUGGGUGUUGCGUUCCCGCAGCCAAAGCUCGGUCAGUGCGAGCAGCAGCAUGAUGUCCACCACUGCUCCAAACCUUUACUCCAUCUGCACGGUCACUCCCUCCCAGAGUGAAACAAGCAGCAUAAAGUCGGAGUAUGCUGACCAGUGGGGUUACUACAGCGACUAUGCUGCAGUGGCAGAUGACCAGGUGAAAUCUCCAGUCACCCAUUCUGCCAGUACAUCAUCUGCUCUCAGUGAUUACAGCAUCAGCCACUUCAGUGAUGGCUCAAGGGCUUCUGUGCCACAAGUGCCCAGCGGGCUGGCCAAACCAAAGAAUGCUUCUCCGGAGAAAUCCCACCGAGUCACAUCGCCAUCGAGUGGGUACUCCAGCCAGUCCAAUACACCCACUGCACUUACUCCAGUGCCUGUACUUGUAAAGUCUGCAUCAUCAGGAAAUGGGAAAUCCAAGCUGAAGCCUAAAGUGCCUGAAAGGAAGUCCUCUCUUCUGUCCUCAGUCUCCAUGUCUUCGUCAUCUACUUCUCUUUCUUCAAAUACAUCUACUGAAGGGAGUGUGAGUGUGAAGAAACUGGACUCUGCCCUGAGCCCUCCUGUGGAUUCUACUGCACCUCCUCCACCACCUCCUCUUCCAGCAUCUCUGCAUUGCUCUGAACUUUCUCCUCCUCCUCCUCCUCCUCCAGCAGAAGUCACAGAUCUGUCACCAUUGUCAGCCUCUCCCACAUUCCCCCCUCCUCCACCAGAAGCCAAUGUAAAUUCUACCUUUGCUCAGACUGUCCCGUGGUUUCCACAAGAAGCCUCCAUCAGUUCAUUCUCUUCCCCUGCUCCUCCUUCUUGCCCCUUAGCUGUCCCACCACCAGCACCACCACUUGAUCCCAAAAUAACAAAAGGUGUAACAAUAUACCCACAGUACUCUUUUAAGAAACGAAACCAGGAGGAUUCUUGCUACAGUCCAGUGAAACAGCCACUCAACAAGCAAGAUUCAUCAAGACCUGUGAUGCCAUUAGUAACCACCAAAGCACUGCAAAUGGUGCAGUUGAGAUCUGUGAAAAAAUCAACAGAAGGCGAACCAUCAACUGAAUCUGCUUCUGAAAACACUUCUCAGGAAAAGGGUACUGCAAAUUCAUCAUCACAGUCUUUGCUAAAGCCAUCUCUCUCACUAAAACUCAGUACCAGCUUAGGCGAUGAGGAAAUGAAAACUCAAGGCACAUCAUUUAAAAAUGCAGUUCAAACACUGUCUCGGGGCUCUCCUCUCCUUCUCUCUGAUGACACACCUGUAUUUGACAGUGAUCAAAAGCCUGUGAGUGCAGUAGGUCUGAAAUUUUCUGAAGCUGAUGCUCUGGGGUCGGCCACUGACAGCACACCUGAGUCCUCAGUGCAGAAUGAGGACCUCCCUUCCGGCAUGUCACUUCAGGGGUCACCAGCAUCUCCUGACAAGACUCAGGUUGUAUUGCCAAGCAAGAAACCACCUCCUAUUUCAAAGAAACCCAAACUGUUCCUUCUGGUACCACCUCCACAGUUAGACCUUACAGUGGAGAAAGCAGCUGAAGUGAGUGAUAUUGCCAGAAGCCCGACUAAGAGAGACGCUGUGCUUGCACACUCUGAGGAGGCGAGAAAUUGCCUUACAGAUGGACUCGGUUCUAGCGAGAUGGACUCUGGCAGCCUGGUUCCUGAGGGAGGAGCUGCUGGAUUCACCUUCUCUGAGACAGUGGGAGCGAAUGCCUUUGUGGUACAGCCUGCUGCAUCACCAGUUCAAGAAGAACCCAGGCAGGAGGAGCAGUCUGCUUUUGAUGAAGGAAGCAGUUCAGGCAGCAGCCAAGACAGUGGCAGUAACACUGACGGGCACCUAUCUCAAGAGAACGAAAGUGUGGAGGUGUUUGAAUCAGACACAGCCAGUAGUUCAUUCCUGCCAAGCAGUACUUAUGGGGAAGAGACGGACGGAGUGGCAACACCAGCAAGACCAAGGACUACUGAGGAUCUUUUUGCAGCCAUUCACAGAUCCAAAAGGAAAGUCCUUGGCCGUAAAGAUUCUGAAGACGACCGUACCCGCAACCAUUCUCCGUCGCCCCCCGUAACUCCCACUGGUGCUUCCCCAAAUUUAGCUACUCUCAAACAAGCUGGAUCUAUUCAGAGAAGCGUUCGCAAGAGCAGCACCAGCAAUGACAACUUCAAAGCCCUGCUGCUGAAGAAAGGGAGUCGCUGUGACACCAGUUCCCGUAUGUCCGCAGCAGAGAUGUUGAAGAACACGGACCCGCGGUUCCACCGGACAAAGACGGACGCCUCCCCUGACCUUUCUGACGGUUCUGCCAGCUGCUCACCCAGCAAGAGCAAACGGGCCCAGGAAGAGUGGGCCAAGAGCGAGGGCCUGAUGCCAAGGAGCAUGUCCUUCUCUGGCAUGAGGUAUGGCCGGUCACGGACGCCGCCGUCUGCUGCCAGCAGCAAGUACAACGUCCGCAACCGCAUCCAGAGCAGCCCCAUGACUGUCAUUAGUGAAGGAGAUGGGGAGGUGGUGGAACAGUCCGAGGGCAGGGUCCGGAGGACUUUGGAACAGCAGCACGAGGGGCAGCUUGAUAUGUUUAACAGUGAUGAAAUGGACAUGAAUGACUUUCCGUAUGCUGAGGAGGCAGGCUGCAAGGAGACCUUGGAUCCAGCUCAUGUAGACUUAAUGACUCAACCAGGUGCUUCAAGGAAGUAUCUAAACUCUUCAGCUGAAGAAAGUUAAAAGGCAGUGUGACAAACGGCUUUGGAUAUUAGUCUAGAAAAUCACAGGGACUAGAUUCCAGAAGAAAGCCCAGACCAGGACAAGGUUACUUUUCUGAGCAUUUAUUCCACGAACUGCAUGUGUAUGUUUAAAUGCUAAAGUGACAGUGGUUCUGCAUGGUUGGGUUGGGGUGGGAAGCACUUGCUUUGAAUGAGUGGUCUGUGGCUUGAAGAAAGUUAACAGUUGAAUUUUUUGUGUAAAGCCUUAGAAGUCCUCUUGUGGGGUGGGGUGGGGUGGGGAAGUUUUCUCAGAGUCUGUAGGGGUGUGAAGUUUUUCUUUUCCUUGAGACUGCAAUUGUGCAAGCAAAAAUUAGGAAUAAGCCUGAAAUGGGAAGGCUCCUCUGGUAUAGGCUGGACAUUUGGUUCAAAAGCAUUGUGGUGAUGCAGUGUAGUGCAUUCAUGAAGCAGAGGGAGGCACAAUGAGGCCCGUUCACCUCUGAGAGAAGGUAGCAUGGUUGGUGCUGGAGUUCCGUGGCUCCUUAGUAGGGUAUGGCCCAGCGUUCAAUGAAAUGUGUCCUGCUCGAGCAAUGAGCUCACCAGGUUAUGGAUUGGUCCAGGGUACUGUACUUGUAAUUCUUUUUCCUGAUGGAAAAUGAACUGUGUAGUUAAGGUGGAAAAGGGAGCUGGUUUUAUAACACACUACUAGCUGCUGUGCAGCCACACACAUUCACUUGGUGAAACACACAUUUCCAGGUGAAUUGCUUCCUUGGCUGGAGUAUUCCCUUAGAGAACUAGAACAGCUGGAUGUGUGCAGAGGGUGCAAGCAGACAUGAGGAAAGUGGGAGAUGAAUGAAGCAGUGUGCUGCCAGAAUUUGGAAGGGUUACUGUCAUGGUUUAGGAACAGUAUUCCCAAAUUUAGUGCUCCCACGGAAACACUCCAAACUGUGUACUGCUCACGUGUACUGCUCACUCACUCCCCUCUCCUCUUACCUCUGCGGAUGGCUGGAGAGGAAAAUUGGAGGCACAAAAGGUGAAGGUUGGAGGCUGAUAAAAGAAAAAUCUACUGGAAAUAACAAUGAAGUAAGAAAGUGAACAGUAACAGCAACAGUACGUAGAGUGCGCACGGAAGAGGUGAAUGGCUCACGGGUGACUGACUGCUCACCACGCAGACCCUGGUAAUGUCUGACCUGCUGCCCCACUUCCUUGUCCCUAGCAGUGUUGUGAGGUGGUGUAGAAUUACCUCUGUCCCGGCCACAGCCCCUCCUGGCUACUGCAAAAAAUGAACCCUGUCCUGGCCAGAACCAGGACAGUUGUGUUUCUGAAUUAGAGAAAUUCGACUUGCACUACAAAGCUGUAGGUGGAGCCCGUCUUUCAAAGCUGAAACUUGGGAGUUGUGUUUUGCCGGAAAUCUGUCUUUCAUUUGUCAAGACGGGGAGACUAUUACUUUUCAUCACUUGAAAUACAGAUACUUGCUAACUUUUGGUUACCAAAGAAUAAGUUACAGUUACUUUCCUUUCUGAUUUGCCUGCAGUAUUGCUCUUCUUUUUUAACCUUAAUAAUUUAGUGAGGUUCGUUUUUAUUGUAUAUUUUACAGAUAAUAAGAACAUUUAACGGUUUUCCAAUUGUAAAGAAGACCAUUAAUUAAAACUGAAAUAUUGGCUGGAGUUUUUGGUUCUUGGUAGGAAUGACGCUUUUAAUUUUUAAUAAGAAUUUUGCAUCAUUUGAUGGCAUGCGCAAUUUUUGUAUUGUUUGUAAAUAUUGAAAGUUGUUAAAAUAUCUUUUGAUCUCUUACUGUAGAAUUUUUACAUUUUUAGAUUGCUUUUAAGAAGAAAAAGCACUCUUUGUAGAUUAUUUAUUUUAGAGAAAUAUGCUUGUAAUCUCUUUCUUCAAUCCUAUCCUUGUUAGUUAUGUAAAUUUCAGGGGCCUUCAUUUAACUCUUCCCUUCACAAGAAGGGAAUAGUGCUGAAAAUGCUGUGACUUUGCUUCAAUAAAGAAAAGCCUGCCAGUUGCCAUAUUGUCUUUUGAGUUGAUUAAAAUCUCCUUCAAAAGAUGUGUCCCACAGCGUAUGGCAACCCACAGAAUGCCAUAAUGCAUGCAUCCAGCUACUAAUAUCCUGUUUUCAUUGCAAAAUUUACUAAUUCACUUUAGAGACAACUAAAGUGUACUCACACAUCCAUCCCAUUUUGGUAUCUCAGGUCUGAGACUAAAAAAUUUAAAUAAUCUUAAGAUUUUUCCAGUGUUGUUUGAGUUUUUCUACUACUUCUCUCCUACUUGCAACCUGUCCCAGGAAACUAAAAUUCUUGGAGAACCAGAUUAUAAGCAGAGUGAGUGAGAAGUAAAAUGGCCAAGUUGAAUCCAGCUGCAUUCAGUGGAAAAAGGGUGGGAUUCACUGGUGUGCAGCAAACUUCCCACCAUUUUUAUAUGCUAACUAUAUUGAAACAACCAUUGGAUUUUUUAAAAUGAAAAUAAAACCUAAUUGGAUAAAGUAGAUUGUUUCAGAUAUUACUAAUACUGAUCUGAACUACAUUCUGUUGCAAAGAGAUAGCAGUGGCAGAAUGUUUUGCGCUAAACAUCUUGCAGAUGUUGCUUUGGUCUGUCUCACACAGCUGACAGCAUGAAACAUGAAAAGACCAAGUCCUUUCCACAGCAGGUACUGUCCCUCUGAAAGCCACGCUCAAUGCUAGCCAGUCCACAUACCACCAUCCUGACAGGAUGAUGUGUAAUAAAUAAUACUCAGGCUUCGUUUUAUUCUUUACAGAUGAGAAAAUCAUCUAUGUGAAAAAUGGAUGCACUGGGAAAAAUUGUAGCUCUGGUGCCUGCAGCUUCUGCAGCCAUUUGCAGCCUUUUGCAUCAAGUGCCUGUAGCAGGGAGCAUUCCCAGCUUGUUCCUCAGUGAUGGCCAGCUGAUGCUGUGCCAGUUAUUUUUACGGGCUUUGUGAGGAGCCCUUUGGAAAAGCCUGCCUUAAAUGCACACGACCUUGUCAGUGCAGGUAGGUGAGAUUAAACUUGAGUGUAGGACAGGCUGAAUUUCCUCUCUGGCCACAGGUAGACUUGAUGCUCCUCCUCUUGAUGCUUGGAAGUUCACAUCUGGUGAACUUGGGCUGAAGCUCAGGCUUUGGCUAACAUGCAGAAUGCAGCGUUUAUGCAGCCCUACUGAUGUUGUUACGUGACUACAUUUUACACAGUACAAGGUGUAGUGAAAUACCUUAAGUGUGCUGAAAUAUGUUUAAUGGUGCUUAUACCAUUUACUUAGUUAGCUGAUGUAACUUUCUUACAAAGGUGUCACCUGUCAUCUCCCCACAGGCAGAGCUGGUUAAUUAUUUUGUCACACUUAAAACUUCAAAGUUACUUUCUUCGACAAUAAGGUUUCUCCGUAGGGAGGUUUUGCGUCUGAGGUUUUAUUGGUCUAUAACUGUAGAUUAAAUUUAGCAAACCUCUGCUAAAGACAUCCAGAGCAGAAGGAGAGGAGGACACAUAUGCAAACUUGGCUGUGCUGGAGGAAAAAAGCAGACUUGUCAUCCUGAUGCUUAAUGCAUCAUACUGUCACAGGGCUUGUUUGGAGUUUACAGCUGGUCUACAGCUUGCCUCUAAAACUAGAAUAUUGAAGCUAGAUGUGAGAUUAAUUUCUGGUUUCCAUUUUACUGGGAAUGGUUUUCAGCUUCAGUCUUUUUCUAAAUUCUGCCCUAUAUUAACUCAUUUCAUGUUUCAUUCCUUUAUGUUAAGAGUUCUGCUGUCAGAUGUAGGCAGCCCCAAUAACCCUGUGAAUGAGAGCCCUCCAGUUACUCUGUUAAUACAUUCACAGGGCUCUGGGGUAUUUGCAAGCCUUCGCUGCUGUUUGUAUACUGGAAAGGAGAAUUUAUUACCUUAAUUGAAAUGAUGGAGGUUAUGCAAGGAGCAAUAGCUUGGUGAGAGAAGGUUUGGAAGGCUACUGGAUAUCAGUUAAAAGAGUUUGGAAAGAAGUGGAUUUGAUGAAGACAGGAUUUUGAGAAACCACGACUGGGAUGUUGAUUCCUGCAUAAGGCUUGGCCUGAAAGAAGACACUGGCAGAAAAGCUGAAGCAAGGAGACGACUGAGAAGUACAGUGAAUGCACAGAUUUAGGUAUGGGGUGGGCAGGCUAGCGCAGAUUCUAGGCGAUAAAGAAGUUUCAGCAAGUACAGAAGAGAGAAAAAGUCGAAGGAGCAAUGGAGUAGUCACAGCACGGAGGAAGAAAAGUUCUAGCCCAUGUGUUUUGUCCUAAUUCAAAGGGUGUAGGAGGCCAAAGUCAGUCAAACAUGGAAAACAAAACAAAACAAAAAAACCCAACCAAACAAAAAACAACAACAACAAAAAAUCCACCACAACAGCAAAACCCUUAAUAAUUUAGAAGAGGAAAAUGAGCAAGAUUUGGGGAGCUUAGAGAAGCAGUAGGCUGAAGUGCGGACUGCUCUAAGAGACCUCAGGCAACACUGGGUAGGUGGCUCAAGCACAACUCUUGGGAGGGUUCUAUAGAACCACCGUGCCUGAAGUCUGGAAAGAGUAAAGGAGAUUGGAAAGAUCAAAGCUCAGAUUGAUCUUGUCUAAUUUUUACCAACAACUCUGCAUCCACCGGUUCCAAUGGACUGGAUACAGGUCUCCAGGCACCUGCAUUGGGAUAACUUGCUAAACCUUCAGUCACUUCCUGAAGCAAAGAGGGGCCACUCAUGCAUGCAGCACAGGGAUGAAUGUGUUAAUAGUACUGCAAGCAAAUAGACCUUGUUAGGUAUUCUUUGGAUACCACAAAGGUCUGGAAAAGUCAUUUAUAGCUGCAGUCACUGUUCAAACAAAACCAUUGUCACAGUACAUUUGAGUGAUUCAAAAUGAUGCAUUGUUUGCUUUUAUAGGAGAGAAUUAAAAGUGUAAAACAAAGUGUUAUAUAACUUACAGUGGCAAUGAAGAAUCACCUGUUUUAUUGAAAAUAACUUCAGUACUUAAAAAAGGGAACACAAUAGCUUUAUAAUGCCCUUGGUAGCUUUCUGAGUUCCCCCCUUAUACUUAAUUUUCUGAAUAACUUUCAGAAAUGAUUUCUUGCAUGGUUAAGACUAGAAGAGUCUUCUGGCAAAAUUGAUAACUUUGUUGGUUCUAAAGGGGUGUUAUCAACUUAAAUCAGAGUGCAGCAUUAAAAUCUUGCAACUACUCAGUGCUGGAUUGUCAUUGUGGCUAUACUGGUGUGAAUUAAUAAACACUAAACAGAGUAAAAUAGAGAAAUGUUUGAUAAAGAUGUGCUAUGUCAUAUAUUAUCCUGUAAAACUGGGUAAAAGCUUUGAUAGUGCUUUCCCAGCAGAACAUUGGGUACAUUUUACAUUGCAAGUUUAGCUUCAGUUGGGUUCUUUCACAUAAUGUGCGGCCAACCUUUUAAACGCCAAUCAAUGUUUCUCCCAUCAGUGCUAAUGGAAAAUGGAAUUGAUUUUUAGUUGGAAAUUGUCUCUUAAUAGUGAAUCCAAAUGUGUAAAGCAUGUGAGGAGGUAUAUAGAGAAGAAAGUCCAAUCCCAAUGUACCUGAGUUGCUUCUGUCUGUAGUGCACUGGUCUAUUUGUGCACCAGCCUUCAGUAUAAAACCAGAUUUGUUAGCUACUGAAGGGGAAAAAAAAAAAAAAAAUCUGUCAGGACGCAUGAGGUAGCAGAAGUUUCAGCAUUUUCACUACCUCUGGAAAAAAAACAGUUAAAAUUUAAGUUCUGUGUUUAGAUGGUAAAAACUAAUUUGUGAGGGAAAAAUGUGUAAAGCAUGAAAACAAAACAAAAACCUCCAAAAACCAAAAAAAAAAUCCAAAACACCACAAGAUUAAAUCCUGCAACAAGAAAUACAAGAAACUAAAUGAACUUUCUCCUAUCUGAAGAUGAAUGUUGUUCAUGUGCAUCUUGGUAGUACACUAAUGUCUUCUUUAAAAGUAACAUAUCUCUUCAGUUUACUUUUUCCAGGCUGUUUAUAACAGUCUUCACACUAGGUUGUAGAAAAUGGACACAGAAAUUCCUGCCUUUGGGAGUAAAAUUUGGGGGAAAACGCUGAUUUCUAGGUCAGUUUAAAACAGGUGAAAGAGCAUUACAAUGACAUGAGAAUUCAGUGCCUAGUGCAGCAUCAGCAGUUGAGAAGCUACCUUAGUAAAAGAUGGUCCCAUUCUUUUUGCCUUAAUCAGGAUGCUGUAGACUGCUGCCUGGAAAUGGUGAUUUUGCAACUUGCUGUGCCAACUGGGAGCUGCAGUGUAGUUAAAAGGACUUAAAAGGCAAAGCCCAGGUUUAUGCAGAAAGUUCAGCAGUCACAGUCUAGGGAAUGAUAAGAUUUUAAUGUAUUUACUUUUUUAUAGAGUCCUGAUACAAAACGAAAGUACAUUUAAGAAAGGAGAUCCUAAGGAAGAUGGCUGCACAGGGAGCAUGUGGCUGUGAGCAGGGGUCAUGCAGUUGCACAGAAGUCCAAGUUUGGGUCUAAGGUAGCUUAAGUCCAUUUGCAAGCCAUGAAUAGACAGUAUCAGCCCACUGGUGAUCCCAAAUGAGGUUGGCAUAUUCCCAUACACAUCCACACUUGGAUCUUCUGGGGCAAAGAUCAAACAAACUUAAACAGAAAUGUUUCUUGUGAUGUGAUACACAGGGGAAAAAAGCAUACCUCAAUGUAAUCAAGAGACAGCCCUUUAUUUAUUCCAACACAGAACAUUAAGCCACGUUUCUCCAUUUACCAGUGCAUUUUCUUGCAAAAUUUAUCAGAAUUUAAUAUUGUAGCAUGUGGAAACAUGGCAAGUAGUUGAUAGGUUAUUUCUGAGUUUAAAAAACCAGAAGCAGUACUCUGGUUUUAGACUGUUAAGUACAACCCAAGGCAAGCAGGCUGUGUAACAUAAAAGGUUUUUUUGAAGUGCUGCUUUGAAGUCCAGGACUGACUACAACAAAUUAGUCAUCAAAUUCAUGGGAUGAGUUUCUUGAAUGAUAUGACAACCUCAUGUGGAGCCAUGUUGGAUUUUGGGAACAAAGAAUCUAAAAAAUUACUUUCUGUGCCACAAACUUGUUCUCUCAAAUGAUCAGAAGCAUCUGGGAAAUUGUGACGUCUUUGAACUGAAAGUCCAUGUUAGACAUUAUCUAAAAGACUUGCUGAGAAAAGAGGGAAGAAAAUGUCUUGACAAUAAACUGAAAUGCCUUUCUCAAAAGUCA